AUGGCCCAAGACGACGAGGUUCACGAAGCUGUGCGCAAUGCGCAACCACUACAGCAACCCCCGCAACGGCCACAAGACCCCUCAAACAACAUGAAGCGAGUCGAUCCCUUCCAGUUCGGAUCACGGUACCUCGAACAAGGCGACGACGUCUUCGAGUUCAAUGCCUGGGACCAUGUCGAGCCCGACGACGAGUUCAAGGCUUUUGCCGAAGCGCAAUACGAAAAGCAGCGUGCCGCGCCCGUCUCCGAAUUCGACCAGAAUCGCUUCAACAACGACCCUGCCAAGUGGUGGAACAACUUCUACAAGAAUAACACGGCCAACUUCUUCAAGGACCGCAAGUGGCUGCGUCAGGAAUUCCCGGUGCUAGCGGAUGUUUCGCGCAAGGAUGCCGGCCCCAAGGUCGUACUGGAGGUUGGCGCUGGCGCGGGCAAUACAGCUUUCCCGUUGAUUCGGCACAAUGAGAAUGAGGAGCUGAAGGUACACGCCUGCGACUUUUCAAAAUACGCGGUGCAGGUGAUGCGGGAGAGCGACGAGUACAAUACCAAGUACAUGGUUGCCGAUGUCUGGGAUGUCGCUGCUGUGCCGACCGAGAGCGAGGAUUCCCUGCCACCCGGCUUGAGCGAGGGAUCGGUGGACGUCGUCGUGCUCAUUUUCAUCUUUUCCGCCUUGAAUCCCGACCAGUGGAGUCGUGCGAUACACAACAUCUGGCGUGUGCUCAAACCCGGUGGUUGCGUGCUCUUCCGUGACUAUGGCCGUGGUGAUUUGGCGCAGGUGCGCUUCAAGAAGGGUCGGUAUAUGUCGGAGAACUUUUACGUCCGUGGAGACGGCACUCGCGUCUAUUUCUUCGACCAGGAGCAAUUGCGACAGAUGUGGAGCCGUUGGACUCCCGAGAAGGGAGUCCAGGUGGACAUGGAGGCCCAGUCGGAUUCAAUUCCUGCUGAGCCCAGCGCGCCGUUUGAGGUCAAGCACUUGGGCGUUGAUCGCAGACUGUUGGUCAACCGUUCAAGUAAACUGAAGAUGUACCGCUGCUGGAUGCAGGCCAAGUUCGAGAAGCGCUCGGACUCUGUCACCUCUGCUCCAGUGGCUAAAGAAGACUCUUGA